GGGAAAUAUUGGGAGGAUGGCCAAGAUCCCAUCGGCCCUGACAUAGUUGCCCUCCUCUACCCUCGCUAGUCACGAUGGCCAAGUCUAAGAACGCUUCGCAGCACAACCAGUCGCGCAAGGCGCACCGCAACGGUAUCAAGAAGCCCAAGACGAACAAGUACCCAAACUUGCGAGGCGUUAAUCCCAAGUUCCUCAGAAACCAGCGUUACGCCAAACACGGCACAGAGAAGGCUGUUCGCGAGGCGCGUCAAGGAAAGCGAGAGGUCGCUUAGACAGAGUUCCCCGAUCGUUUCAAAAAGAGAUCUGCCACGCUCUUGCUUGUACCAUCAACAUCGACAAGUCUCCACCCUUAUGGCCAGGCUCGGCAAUCAUGUCAGCCGUCUGUAAUGCGAACAAGCUGGCGCCGACGUAGCACGAGGGGUGUCGUUGGCGCCGUCGCCAGCGCGCAGCUCUCCAUCGCAAUAGCAAUCAAGCAUCCAUGCUGCAUCACCUG